AUGCCUCUCCGAAUAAUUGAAAACGAUUCCCCUGAGCCGGUCCCCUGGGGAGCCCUCUCAUUAGAUAUCUAUCUUCUCUCAGAAUGGGAAACCCCGAACCCCGCACAGCCCACCGAGUCCCCCUCAGACCGCCGUCGACGGCUGGUACGCCAGUUCCUCGCAUUAGGAUUGGAGGGCAGAGAGCCCUACAACGCCCGCACAGAAACACCACCCACACCCACUGAGGCCCAAAUAGCCGAGAUCCUCCUCCCAGUACGCCCGGAGGCCCUACGGCCUUACGCUGGCUAUACUACCUGUCUAGAGGAAGGCCUCUGGAUCCGUCUCUGCUACAAAAAAGAGAAAGAAGAGGCGCAUAAGGCUUUAUGGUCCUACAACGAAGACGUAGCCUACGUCGGUCCCGAGGGGGUAGUCCUCGACGAUGAAGAGAUUUUUGGGGGUGGCCUAGACGUGGCAGCUGCGUUAGAACUGUUCCCCGAGCGUGUCACGAAUGAGGGUUCCAUGGGACAUAUUAAAUUGCGAGAGGAGACUUUAAGAGAGGCACUAGGUUAUAUAGAAGAUGAUACGGGAUCUGGUGAAGAGGACUACUCUGAUGAGAUUAAAGGGAUGCUAGCACAGAUGAGGGCGACCCGUGCGGCGAACCCCCUUCUAAAGUAUGGCCUAUAUCAUGCUGCUUGUGUUGUUACUCAUGCUUUUGUGGAAGAUGAGGUGGCGCUCGAUGGUGGGGGUCUAUUGCAUGUAUUCUGGGAUGAUUGUGGGAAUGUGGUGAGGCAGUGGCGGGUGGAGGAUGAUGGAGUAGAGGACAACUUUGAUGGAGCCUGGGUGGAGGGUGCUUGGAAAGAGAAUUUCAUCAAUGGGAUCGGAGAGCUUGGUCCUGCUUAUCAUGAGGGUGGAAUACGAGGACCUCCAUACAGCAUUUGA